AAACGGAAGACACAUUUGUAUUGUACCAAACGCAAGAUCACAAACUGCUUAUCUUCAAGCCAUGACCGAACAAUCUUGCUCAAACUUGCCGGAGACGAUUAUUAUGAACGAGGAAGAAGAAGAAGAAUUGGAUCACACGAUGCUGACGCUACAAGGAAUCGAUUUCUUGGUAGUUGACUGGGAUCAGAAGGAUUUCGCAGCCAACGUUUUGAGAAACGCUGUGUUUGGAAGCAGAGGAGCGGUUGUGGUAUGCAGAAACGGUUACCGAAGAAGCACUUCGUGUUUCAGUUGGACAAAAGCAUUUAGUGACCGGAAUGUUGUUAGAACAGUGACUCUUCCAGUUUCCGGUGGUCUAGAAAUCGCUCAUGUUGCCGCAGCAAGAAGCUCUGGGAAGAAUGAUAACAACAACAAAAGAAAAUGGAUCAAGCAUUUUGAUCAAAGAUCAGGAGAAGAACAUGUUAUUCGAAAGUAAAACAAAAAGUGUGGAAUGUU